AUAAAAUGACACGUGUGAGAAAUGGUAAUCCACAUAGCACUCCACUGUCUCCCAGCGCGCCACCUGGCAAAGCAUUUGAGCAAAAUUCCGCACGUCUCCAUCACUGCACCGUGCUCUGCCGUGGCCACCCUCUCUUUCUCGCCAGACUCGUCACUGUUCGCCAAACCAUUAAAAUAAAAACCACCGUCAGACAUACGCCGUUACUAAUGCUGAUGUAUUUGUAUCUCAACGUGUAAUGUGAGGAAUAAUGAACACAAGAAUGGGAGGGACUUCUUGCUGAUUAUGUCGGUGUAGUCGGUUAAGACCAAACAGUAGAUUGCGAUUCAUAACUUUUCCCUCUGCUAUUGCUGAGUCGAUUGGAUUUGAUUUCUCGCACUGCUAUCGCCAGUAUCUUUGUAGAUGUCGAGGACAUGUCCGUAUCGGAAUUAGGACUAGGGUUUUGUGGUGCAUGAGGUUCUGAUUCCUCCUGCUUUCUGGUUGCUUCUUCUCGGAUAUGACUGCUGGAGCUCAAUCUGCCCCCCGACGCUCUGGAUAUCUCGAUGCUCUCUCUCAAGCCAUUCACAAGAAGCUCCAGCGGGCGAUUGUUAAUUCGUCGCAGAGGCGCAAUCUGCUACAAGAGCUAUUUGCAGACAUAGCUUUAGAAGUCGAUGACCGAGCUAAGGAUAUAAUUUUCGGGAAGGAUGAAGAUGCAAUUUCUUCAUCAGCUGACGGUGAUGGCCUGUUAUGUUUCUAUGAUGUGCUUGCUGAUUAUUUUGUGCGGAUGCCUGAAAAUGGAAAGCCUAUCCUUGAUUUGAUUGUCCAACUGUGGAGCCAGUCAUUUGCCUCCCAUAUUUUUGCUCUCUUGUUCCACAAAUGGUUAUUUGAGGUUCAACUUGACAAUCCAGAAGUGCUUCUUCGCUAUUCAUCUGCUUUGGUUCAAGGCGCCACAAAUGUUUUCUGGAUUGACAUUCAAACAAACACAAGGCGUUUCCAGUCCCUCUUUCAUUACCUUCUGGAGGAUGUUGCAUUGGACAACUCACGAUUGAAUAAAAUUCCUGUACAGGCUCAGCGAGAGAUGUAUCUUUUGCUUUCAAGAUUUAUUCUAUUUUAUAACUCAGCUGACAAAAUGGAGAGCUUCUUGAAACAAUGCCCUGAUUUUCCAAACGCAAUAUUGGUUGGUGGUCCAGCAGAUAUAUUCGUGACCGAACUGACUGUUCAACUUCAAAAGUUAAAAGUGGAACCGGUGCUGCUACAUUACCUUAAAGAAAUUAAAGUACUUCAAGGGAUGGAACUGAGACUGACUUCAAGUAUAAGAUUGAAAACAUGCUUGUAUAGUUUCACUUCUCCGGGUGGUCCAUUGUAUCCCACUAGAACUGUCCGUCAUGCCGCAUGGGAAGCAUUAGAUUUGCUUUUUCCAGUUGGGCGAUAUUUUAGGCAUCUCAUAAGUCUCUUCUUCAGAUUGCUAUAUCCAUGGUACUGGCCCUCCUCAUGUUGGAACUUCAUGGUUUCUUGUGUGAAGGCAGUAUUUCUGUAUUUAUGGAGAUUCAUCCUUUCUUUCUGGGAGAAGUUCGGCAACCCAAAAUCUUCGUAGAUUGCCCCACUUCUAGCUUGCCAUUUUUCCCUCUUUUUUUUGGGUGGGGAAGGGGUGUUCAGUUUCUUGUUGACGUGCAUGGCUGAAAAUUUCAAUUUUCAGACGACAGGCACGGUAAAUAAUUUAUUUCCAAAAGGAUGCAUAUCAUUGCAGCAAGGGGGCAUGGAGUGACCCUAUGUCGAAAUUUCCUGUGCUUGUUACUCCCUAAACAGGAACUGUAGAAAGUUCGGCACGGUCUAGCUUCAAUAUAGUAGGCAAAAGUGAAUGAUUUAAAUCCGUCAUGAAUUUUGAGGAAAAUGUUGCCAUCACAAA